AUACAACACACUUCCAACUCUUUUCCUUUCUUCUUUCAUUUCUCGGCCUAAACUGCUGCCAUAACUCUCUCCUUUCACUCUCUUUAAUAUGUCAAACACUUCACCAAGCAUCACCAAUGAAGAGCUCUGGGUUUCUAAUACUCAGCUCAAAGCCCAAGUAGAGUACUUGGCAAAACAGGUUGCUCAACUCACUAAGUUAAAAAUGAACUUGGUGAACACUCCGGAAGAAAGUGAUGAAGAAAAAGAAGAAGCUCAACUAGAAGCUGAUUUUAGUCACACUACUAGAGGAACUGCACAAGAAAAGGGAGCUACUGAUUUUAAGGUUGACAUACCAACCUUUGAAGGAAAGAAUGAUCCAGACGACUUUCUAGAGUGGCUGGAAGCAGUUGAGCGUGUCUUUGAUUUCAAAGAUGUGCCCGAAGAUAAGAAAGUCAAGAUCGUGGCGUUGAAGUUCCGAAAGUAUGCGUCCACUUGGUGGUCCAAUCUUUCCACCAAAAGAAGGCGUGAAAACAAGGCUCCGGUGAAAACUUGGUUCAAAAUGUGGAGCUUGUUGAAGAAGAAGUUCUUGCCCGAGCAAUACGUACGAGACAACUUUGCUAAGCUUCAACACUUAAGGCAAGGUACCCGGUCUGUUGAGGACUAUACUCGGGAGUUUGAAGAGCUCUUGAUGAGAUGUGAUCUUCAAGAAAAUGAUUCUCAAACGUUAGUCCGAUAUCUAUUAGGACUUAACACCCAAAUAGCUAAUAUAGUGGAGUUGCAACCCUAUGACACCUUUGAAGAACUCUCCAAAUUGGCUCUUAAAGUUGAGUCUCAACUUAAGAGGAACAAAGCCCCCUUGAUUACAAUGCCUCAAGAUGCAUCAAGUAGCUCGGUUCAUGACACAAGGGGGCUUUCAGGAGGGGAACGCUCUUUCUCAACAUUGUGCUUUGCUCUUGCUCUUCAUGAAAUGAUUGAGUCCCCAUUUCGGGCAAUGGAUGAGUUUGAUGUAUUCAUGGUAUCCCUGCAAGCAUCAUUAUUAUCACCUCCUUAAUCCCAAAUAGGUUGAAUACUUGCAUUAAAUUAAUAGUUCCAAUUGGUUGUAUAAAAUUAAGUAACACUAUGUUAAUGCAAAAAGCAUAGGGGCAAUGGCUUGCAGCCUUGCACCGAUGGACUUCAUGUCUUCACUAGAGGGAAUAAUGAGAUGAAAAGUUCUACAACUGGUCACACCUAUUUGGGACAGAGGGAGUUUGAGAUUUAGGCCUUUAUUGCGUAUGGUGUUCGAAACCUAUUUGUUACUUGCUUUGCUGAAUAAUAAUGGACUAGAUAUUGA